UCGUCCGCCUUUACUGAUACUGAGCCGAGCGACCGCCCUCGCCUCCCCCUCCCUCUUCCUUCCCCCCCCCCCCGCCCCAACGGAGCUUCGAAACCGCUUCGAAACUACCUCGUAUCUGCUUCGAAUCUGUUUCGAAUCUACUACGAAUCGCGAGAGUUCAUUUCAUCGAAUCUUUUUGACGCCCUUUCUUCCUGAAGUAGAGUAUGUCUCAUCGCCUGAGCGGCAGGGGAGGGCCCGACAAGCACCUCGUCGCCAUGUCCCGCAGGUUCCUCUUCUUCUGGAAGACGAAGGCGAAGACCAAGAGGAGGCCGGACCAAGAGGAGGCGCUGGGGCAAGCAGAGCCGCGGCCGGAAGUGCCAACCAG